GUUGAGCAGGUCUUCAAGGCAGAUCAUCAUCUUCAUCAGCUCAGCUUCAUCCUGGUGUCAGAAUCUGUGAUGGGAUUUGGAAAAAGAGAAAUGUCUGACUACCAGAAUCACGAGAUGAGCGCCAUGUUGAGAGUGUCCCGCCUCCCACUGGUUCGCUCUGCGCUGCAGUCCAUGACGUCAGCCUACUCUGAUGUCAAAGGUCGCUACCCUCUGCUGGGGCUGGUGGGGGGUGUGGCCGAAGUCGGAGUACGCAGCGUCUCUCAGAUUGCCAUGACACGAGCCACGCCCCUCCUCCAGAGUCUGGAGCCUCAAAUUGAAGUCGCCAACAGUUUUGCAAUGGAUGGCCUCGACCGUCUGGAGAAAAACUUCCCCAUCCUCCACCAAUCAACAGAUGAGGUCGUGGGUCACUUGAAGGAUGCUUUCCUCCUGACACUGGAUGACGUGCAGAUGUGGGUGGUGGACAAUAUGGAUGGUGUUGUGGAUCAGCUGGAGCGUCUGUCUGACUCUGGUUGGGCAGCGUUAAGGGUUCUGCAGGACACUCAGGUGGGUCGAGUGGCCGCAUCUGGUCUGGAUGACGUCCUGAGCCGCCUGGAAGACGCCACCGCCUACUACCUGCCCCUCCCACCUACACUACGUCGUGAGUGGGAGGCAAGGGUCCAGCAGUACGAGGAGGAAGAUGAUGAUGAUGAGCCCAGUCUGUGGACCAGGAUCCGCAGCCUGAUGCUGAACAUCGGCCUGCAGAUUUAUCACCGAAUGCUAAAGGUCAGAGAUCAGCUGGGGGGAGGAGUCAGAGCACUGCGGUCAGCGGCGAACACGGUGGGUCUAGGUCAGGUCAUGGAGCUGCUGAAUGACCUUCUGCUCAGCCUGCAAAGCCUGCUGGUGGCACUGCUGUACCGUACAGAGAACCUACGGGAGGUGGGCCUGAACAGGGUCAGAAGUCAGGCUGUCCUAUUGGCGGAGCUGCCUCCGAUCCGUCAGGUUCUGGAGCUGCCAAUUCAGAUGCAGCAGCUCCUCGGAGACCUGCAGGAACUGUCCAAGCUCCUGGUGCAGCUGAUUAUCAAUGCCACACCACUCUACAACAUGCUGCAGCAGCCGUCUCAACAGGAAUUGGAGGACUUCCUGAAUCAGCAUGACUUCACAAACUCCUCAUCACGCCGCAACUCCUCUAACAGCCUGUUCCUGAAGGCCAUGGAUGGUCGUCCUCGCCGCCGCAGGAGUCUGUAUUCCCUGGCCAGCCGUGCUCCUCAGGGCUCCGACGGAUCCAGUGGCCGCAGAUCCAGCAUUAAGCGGGACUCUGUGGACAACGACACCCUGUCCACCCUGUCCCUCCCUUCCGAAGGCCUUGUGCAGCGCCGUCCAUCCGCUACCGAGCUGCUUCUCGCUCCGCUCAAACAAUUCGUCACCCAAAGUCAAAAGGCCUUCGAGUACCUAACCCCCAACUCACCCGAAGACCCGAACAGCACUGCAGACAACUCUUAAAUGCCCCACCCCCAAAUCAAUCACAGUCUCCUCUCCUGCCCCAGCUGGUUUUAGUGUCGGCAUACGUGUUCAGUGAACGGGCUAUUGGAAGAUUAGUUUGAGAUUUAAAGAAAAUAUCAAACACAAUGAAGUUCUGUAUUGACACAUCUGACAUCCUUCAACAAGAAAAAAGAAACUUCUUCUAAAGUUCAGUUUUGAUUCUAAGGGCAGGGGCCACUGUUCUUUACUCACCACAGUUACACUGAUGUCUGCAUCAGGGUAAACUGAGACCGAGUCGUGUAAUGUAAAUUAAAGUGAUGUGGUGGAGGUUGGACAGCAGGGGGGUCAUUCCAUAGAAACUCAUAAUUGACGACUUUAAUCAGUUCAUGUCCUGGAUUUUGUUGAAUAGAUUCCUGUGUUAAGUCGUAUACAGUUGACAGCUGACAGACCUGAAAUUUCUGAGCAACAUGCAUCAACAGCAGAUUAUUUUUCAAUGGACAGAGUUGAAAUUUGUUCUCAACAAUUAAAAAAACUCUAAACAUCACUUGUAACAUGGAUUCAUAGACAUAAUAUUUGAUGAAGUUACAUAAAACAUGAAUGGAUUUGACCCAUUUAUCAUAAAAAUGUGACAUUCACUGAUCCCUCCAGGAAAUAAC